UGUGGUUCCGGUUUGACACAGAAUAUAAACAAGUUGGCGGUAAAGAUGGAGGCGGAAGAGGCGGAAGAGUUCCGAGUCCCGGUGGCGACGAAGAGACAAGUGACGGAGCUGGUGGACAAAUACAAAGACAUUUUAAAAACCGCGCUGGACGGACAGACGGAUGUCCCCGAGGAGACGCGACGGGGUUUACUGCAGGAGCUGCUGAUGAACUUUGAAGCUGCCGUUCAGGACAACGUGUUGGUGAAUGGAAAACCUUGGGAGGAGGCGCCUGAAGCUGAGGAGGAUGAGUCGGCUGAUCUGGAGAGCCUCCUGGACGACACCAUCGUUGAGACCACCAGGAGGCGCCGUACUUACCCCAGACAGAUCCUGCCUCACGUGGUCCACUCCCUCAAGGCCGAGCGUAAACUCAUGGGGCUUUAUAAACAUGCAGUCCAACCCCAGGAGGUGGCCAGAGACCCGGAUCAAGAGAACAUCAUGACGGAUCUGUCUGCUGCAGCUCCUGAGAUGGUGAAACAGGCCAUCCAGGUUAUCAAGUCGAUCAGCACUCUGCAGAAACAGGCCGAGGGUCUGGGUGAGAUCCUCAACAUGAAGCCCAGCCACACCAGCCUGGAGAUCCACAGGGAAGUGUUCAGCUGCACCGGCCAAUCAGACGCUCCGGUGCUGGCCACGGGCACAGCGUCAGAGAACAGGCAGCCAAUCCAGCGAGCCGUAGAAGAGGCGGCGGCCUCAGAAUGCUACAUGCCUCUCGUCAAGAGACCCAGGCACCCUGUGGGGGGGGCUGACCCAGAGCCGGACACUUUGUGAUCAGAACAUUUAAAUUUGCCCUCAGUCUCUCUCUCUCUCUCUGUCUCAAAGUUUGUCUUCGUUUUAAGAUCUUUGCUGUUAAUAUAAACUGUUUUUCAAACCUAAA